CCGGCGUGUGUGCCACGGCUGCAGUAGCGGCCACGACGCGCUCAGUGAUACGCUGCAUCCACUCCACAUAGACUCAGUGUAACAAACCCCACACAACACUGUGGAGUGCAGAGCAAACCGAACAAGCCAUGCCUUCCAAGAACAAAAACAAGGGCGCAAACUCCACCGACAAAGCCGCUGUUAACCCUCAGGAUGACGCGGCGAAGAAGAGCCCCAAAGUCAGCAAAGCAGACAGUUCUGCCAACUCCAGACCAGGCUCAGGAAAGCUCACCAAGCUCCUGUCUGCCCUGUCCUACAUGGUUUUAGUGUCCGGAGCUGCUUUCGCCUCCUUCUACCUGCAGAGAGUGCUGACUGAAGUGAACCAGAUCCGCUCAGAAAGUGAAGAAGCCCUGCAGAAAAACGCCGAGGUGCUGCACAGAGUAGAACAUGCACUCCAACAGGUGAAUUCUAUGAAGUUUUCUCUGGAGGGUCUGGAGGCUGCAGUGGGCCGUACCCAGGCUGAACUGGAAAGCGCUAAUCGAGCCAUAAUAAAGGGAGAAACAGAGACACGAAGGGUUGAGGAAGUGCUCCAGAAACUCCAGAACGAAAUCCUUCGCGACCUCUCUGAGGGUAUCCGGGAAGUGAAACAGGCACGUGAGCAUGAUUUCUCUUCCCUGGAGAAAACCCUGGAGGUGCGCCUGGCGGAGCUGAGCCGCUCUAUCGCUGACAGCGUAGCCGAGUUCACUGGAGCUCAAGAAGAAGCUCAAGCGCAGCUCAGUGACCUCAGAAUCCGGCUGGAAGAGCAGAAUGAGCCUGGUAAUCUCAAAAAUGAGCUUAUGGCAAUCACCACUGCUGUAGCUGGCCUCCACACUGCAAACGAGGUGGCAGAGGGCAACAUAGGUGUUCUCAGGGAACAGAUUGUGUCAGUCAAUUCAGAGCUGCAGACGAGGAACAAGGAGGUGGCAUCCUUGUCUGAGGAACUUGAGGCAGUCAGGUCUCUAGUGCAGACCACUGCUGGCUCAUUGAGGCAGGAAGUAUCUGCGUCACAGGCCAUCGUACAGGCCAUGUCUGACCAGAUCCAGAAUGCGCAGGAUGAGCAGCUUCGCACCAGCCAAGCCGUGCAGAGCCUCCAGAUAGACCUGAUGGGAGAACUAUCUAAGAGAGAGACAAGGGAAGACGAUCUGGAAGCCAGGCUGAAGAUCACAGAAGAAAGUAUAGACACGAUUGCAAACUUGGCCACAGAGCAGACGAGCCGAGUCGAGGCUUUUCUCUCCAAACAUGACUCUCAUGAGAGCUCAUUAGCCGCCCAGAGCCAGGUGGCUGAGAAGGCAAGGCAGGCACUCAAGGAAGAGCUGGAGGAAUUAAGAGGUAGCCUUGGGGAGCUCCAGGCCAGUAUAGAUGCUUUGGCUGACACUAAUACCAGGUUAGAAGGAGUGGCUUUGGAAGAGUCAGUAUUACAAACUGAGCAGCUGCAAAAUGACGAGUGGGAGAAUGCUGGUCAGAAAGAAGAGGCAGCAGCAGAGGAGGUAGUCGAGGAAGUGGCAGCAGAGGAGGCAGUUGAGGAAGUGGCAGCAGAGGAGGCAGUUGAGGAAGUGGCGGCAGAGGAGGCAGUUGAGGAAGUGGCAGCAGAGGAGGCAGUUGAGGAAGUGGCAGCAGAGGAGGUGGUGGAGGAAGAGGCAACAACAGAGGAGGUGGUUGAGGAAGAGGCAGGAGCAGAGGAGGUGGUCGAGGAAGAGACACAAGCAGAGGAGGUGGUCGAGGAAGACUUCACAACAGAAGAGGCAGUUGAAGAAGACUCAGUAACAGAUGAGGUAGCUCAGGAGAAUACUGAAUCUGAGGAAGUGCCAGUUGAGGAGGAGGAGAGGCAGUGAGUAAAGCGAUCUGUAGUCUAAACCUGUAGGGUAACAUAGGAUAUUGGAAAAGGACAGUCAAUGGACUGAUUCUGUGAAUCUGAAAAAUACACAUCCUGCACUGUUGUUUUUUUCUUCCUGGACUUAUUUUCAUACGGACGUCUUCCAGUGUCAGCUGCUUUUAAUGUUUUGAACGUGUAAUGAGUGUUCUGUUUUCCAAUAAAAUAUUUAAAACGUAAACACAAUGUGAAGAUAUCUGUUGCCCCCAAAACCCAUAAUCAUGUAUUUAUGUAUACAGUACCUGUAUUUCUAGCAAUACUGUCUUUUCAUCAACAAUUAAAUAUAUAUAUUUUUUAAUUUUCAAA